AUGAUUUGUCUUUCUGAAAGGAAAAUCUCUAUUCAUUAGAACAAAGGUUUAGUUUAAUUACCUGAAAUAUCCAAAUCUUCAGAACUUUUAGUAUCAUUAUUAUUCAUCAAUAUAGAAAUUGAACAAUAGAGCAUUGUAAUCUACUCAAACUAAGAAGAAAACAAUACCCUAAUCUCCAGAUAAGGAUACUUAUUAUAUAAAAUUACCUUAAAUAAAUUAGAAGGCUUAGGAUAAAACAGACAACUUUUUUAAAUUAUCUAAAUCACAAGUAUAAACAUAAAAAAUGUAAUAUUAUUACUUAUAAUAGACUUUAUGGAGAUACUUCACUUGA